UCCACAUCGAUGGACAGCACGGACGCGUAAUAUCCAGAAACAUCCGAUCAAGAAUAUAUCAUAAUGAAUACAUCGAUGCAAAAUAAGAAAUAUUUCAUUUAAUAAACCAGUUACUCGUUCCUCCAGGCUCCACCUAUCUAAACUGUCCUGACUGAGGAGGAGUGAGUGCCUCCUGAAUCUAUUCGCAGCUGCUCCGUCGCUACCACGAUCCACUCCAGUCCGGAUUUGGCAAGGAAGGGAACAGCUGCUGUAACGUAUUAGCAAAUUCAAGAGAGAAGAUACAGGCAACAGCAGCAGCAGUGGAAUAUGAGGGGUGUAAAGGAGUCACUGGGGCAGUUUUGGAGAGCGCUGAGGCAGCCGUAGAGGAUCAUGGCCGAGGACUAUUGGGAGCGCGCGGCGGCUUUGGGAUCAUAUUAUUACUGCUGUUAAGAUUACACGAGCAACGCACACUCCUACACACACACACAAGGGAUCUCAAGUACACGGGGCGUUUAAACAGUGGCAGCCCCACCACCCCCCUCAUCUCGGCCCCCCUUGCCCCCAAUAAUGGACCGUAUGAGGAAGAUCAAAAGGCAGCUGUCCCUGACGCUGCGGGGGGGUAACAGCGGGGAUAAGAACAUGAACGAGACCAUCGGCACUCAGGACACGGGAGCACACAGCGAUUCGGAGGCCAUGCCAGUUGGCGGCAGUCUGCGGGGUUCAGUGAGAGGUUCGGGGGGUUCCUUCAGCAUGCACUCCCUCCUGCAGUCGUACAGCAGCGCCCUGCGCAGACCACGCAGCCUGGGCCGCAGUCUCAGCUCCUAUCUCAACCACACCACGCGCCUCGAGAUUGUCCAUGAGGAUGUUAAGAUGGGUUCAGACGGAGAGAGCGAUCAAGCUUCGGCCACGUCCUCCGAUGAGGUGCACAGCCCCGUUCGAGUUCGACUGAGAAACAACCCCGGUCGCAAAAUAUCCACAGAGGACAUUAACAAGCGUCUUUCUCUGCCUGCCGAUAUCCGGCUUCCUGAUGGCUACCUAGAGAAAUUCAGCCUCAACAGUCCGCUGUUUGACAAACCGCUCAGCCGAAGAUUACGAAGAGUAUCUCUGUCUGAGAUUGGAUUUGGGAAGUUAGAGACAUACGUAAAACUGGAUAAACUGGGAGAGGGCACUUAUGCUACGGUUUAUAAAGGGCGCAGUAAAUUGACGGAUAACUUGGUGGCUCUUAAGGAGAUCCGAUUGGAGCACGAGGAAGGAGCGCCAUGCACCGCCAUCAGAGAAGUGUCUCUUCUGAAGGACCUGAAACAUGCCAACAUUGUGACGCUUCAUGACAUCAUUCACACUCAAAAGUCUCUGACGCUGGUGUUUGAGUACCUGGAUAAAGACCUGAAGCAGUAUCUAGACGACUGUGGAAACUGCAUUCAUAUGCACAAUGUCAAGCUCUUCCUGUUUCAGCUGUUGCGAGGUCUAAACUAUUGUCACAGACGUAAAGUCCUUCACCGAGACCUCAAGCCCCAAAAUCUCCUGAUCAAUGAUCGCGGGGAGCUGAAACUGGCCGACUUUGGUCUGGCACGAGCAAAGUCGAUUCCCACGAAGACUUACUCCAAUGAAGUGGUGACCCUCUGGUACCGACCCCCUGAUAUCUUAUUGGGCAGCACAGAUUAUUCCACUCAGAUUGACAUGUGGGGUGUUGGCUGCAUCUUCUACGAGAUGUCUACAGGUCGGCCUUUGUUCCCAGGAUCCACAGUUGAGGAGGAGUUGCACUUUAUCUUCAAACUGCUCGGUACACCCACAGAGGAGACCUGGCCUGGAAUAACCUCCAAUGAGGAAUUCAUCUCCUAUAACUACCCCCGAUACCGCGCCGACUGUCUCCAUAACCACACUCCACGAUUGGAUAACGAUGGAGUUGAACUUCUUUCUAAACUGCUGCAGUUCGAGGGGAAGAAACGGAUGUCGGCGGAUGAAGCCAUGAGACACCCGUACUUCCACUGCCUGGGCGAGAGAGUUCUCACACUGCCAGACACUACAUCAAUAUUUGCACUUCAAGAUAUUCAGCUGGAAAGGGAGCCGGGCAUGAGGACGAACUCUCUGUCAGAAUCAGUCAACAGCAUAUCUCAGCGACAGAGCCUGCUCUUCUGAGGACACGGGACAGAUAAGAGCAAGAAGACUGAAGACGUGAUGUUGAAGAUGAAGGGAUGUUUUUUUUUUUCAUUUCACUGACUGAGUCAUUGCUAGUCCUGUGGCAUUAUAUGUAUGGAAGGGGUCACUGUAGCUGUUUACAAAGAGAGGCUGACUACAAAGUCAUGUUUUUUUUGUCGAUUGUGAACUUUUUUUGCACCCCUGUGUACAUUACAAACAUGUUUGCUGUACCCUCUCAACCACUGUAUGUAACCAAUCAGACGCCGAGUCCUGUUGAAUAUCGGAUGACUUGUGAAGGUUUCCAGUGCAUAGCUUCUUCUUCCAUUGACUGAAACGAAUCAAUGCGUUUUUGUAAUACUUUUCAAUUGUAAUGUGUGUAAAAGGAAGGUCAGUUUAUGAAGGAUUCUGCAUGAAUAUCAGACCACAAUAAGCCAAGUUAAUAUAAGUGAUAGAUUAUCACUGUAGUCUUCCAUGUAAUCAGCCCUCCUAUCCAAAAACCUAAGGUUUAGUACUAUGCCAACACAGUUAUUGUGUGAUCAUCAUCAUCAUCAGUCAUCAUUUAUGUUCAUCAAAAGAUUGAAAUGAUACUGUAUGUCAGUCUUGCUUCAAUGUUGUGUUUGACUUUUGUUUGCGGAGUCAUUUCACUUAUAAUUGUUGUUUACUUGUGUUUUUUUUUUUGGCCAUGCAAUACAUUUUGAUAAUCUUGAUGGUCACCAAAGACCCCAUGUUUCCUCUCCCAUCUGGUUUAACAUGGUUUGAGCUUCCAUAUCCAUCAUCGUGUUCAAUAUAAACCCAAUGAAGAAUCAGCCACACUGUGUCGAGGGCGAACGUUGGCAAGGAUUUCUCCGAUGGUUCCUGCAGACACCUGCUCCAUGCCAUUUUGAUAAUUCUUCCAUUACCACAGCACUUAGGCUGUCACUCGGGGUGAAAACUGAUCUGGGUUCAGUCGGUGAGAUGAGGCCGAGGAUUGUGUGGAGAACGGGUGGACUUGUAUAGAGCUCGGGUUUCUGUCACUUUGCCGAACAGCUGAGCGUGGUACUGCAUCUCUGGCCGGUUGUUCAUACAGGAUUUAGUGCGCGUCGGUGUCGUGUAACACUACGAAUUUAACACAUUAGGUUUCUCGGGAUGUACAAACCAAGGCACAAUAUCAGUCUACAGUCCAGCAAAGUGAUUUUGGGUGAAUCUCAUGACACCUGUCAAGAAUAUGUCUGGGUCAAAUUACAUCUCAAAUCAAAAUGAAGAAGAAAGAUGUUUGCAAAAAGACAAUGAAACACUUUUACCUCCAUUUAGAUAUUACAGAGCCCCUAAGGUGACAUUGGAGUUAAAAAUAUCAAAAGUUUAGUUUCAUGUGCUCACGCGAAUCCUUCAUGUGCAGAAUUUUUUUUAAAGUUUAGUUUCGCGUGCGCACGUGAAACUUUCGCUUUCUUGUACGCACGUGAUAGUUUCACGUGCACACGUGAAACUAAACUUUAAAAAAAAAAACGUGAAACUUGCGCGUGUGCGAAACUAAACGCAAUUAAAAAAAUUGUAUCUUUUGUUCCCUUAGGGGCUCUGUAGGAUGUUUUGCAAUUAGCAUGUGUUUUUCUUUCUUUAUUGAUUAAAGGUAAUCUUAUUUCUACACUGCAAAAAAUGAUUUUCAAGAAAAAUAUUCUUAGUUUUUUUUCUUGUUUUUAGUAAAAAUAUCAAAAAAUUCUUAAAUUAAGAUGCUUUUUCUUGAUGAGCAAAAAAACAAGAACAAAGUCUAGUUUUUAGACCAAAAAUAUCAAAUUUAAGUGAUUUUUAAAAAAUCUGCCAUUGGGUAAGCAAAAAAAUCUUGAACAUUUUUCUUAAACACUAAACUCAAGAAACAUUACCUUACCCCAUUGGCAGAUUUGUUUGCUUGUUUUAUGCACAAAAUCACUUAAAUUUCAUAUUUUGGUCUAAAAACUAGACUUAUUUUCUUGGGUCAUUUUGCUCAUCAAGAAAAAGCAUCUUAAUUUAAGAACUUUUUGAUAUUUUUACUGAAAACAAGACAAAAAAAAAUCAUUUUUUGCAGUGUAUAAUGUGAGUUUAGUUACAUUUUUGUAUGUUAUACAUUUAAAUACAGUUGUUGUUUUAGUAUAAUUUAUUUUAAGGCAGUAUAAUACACAUUUCAGUAUUCUUUCAUAUAGCAAUUAUUGUAAUAAAACGUUCAGAAUCGUCAUUUAGGAAAAUGAGUGAUAUUAAACAACCUUACAUUAUGUUACAGUAAGGGGAAAUUGCAGAUAAAAUGUGCAAAUGCAAAAAAUAUUAACGUUCCCCAAAAAACAAUCAUUUUCUUUCAUGCAAAAUAUUUUUUAUUUGAGUUUAAGAUGAAAUAUGACCCAGAUAUUUCUUGUGAGAUUUACCUCUACGCUUGAAUGCUGAGCAGUGUUGCCAGGUCCAGUUAUUAUAAGCGUCUUUGUCAGUGUUUUUCCAGCUAAUCACUUUAAGAAGUUGUUAGAGUCAGAAGUUAGGGUUAGUUUUUUGUUUGAAUUGCAAAAAAUAGCAUUUAAUUUUUUUUUUCGUUUUUUUUUGUAACAAGAUCUGGCAACACUGACGCGAUUAAGGCUCGGUUUCAAUCAGGGGAUGGAUAAUAUUUUACGUGAAUAUGUCAUUUUUUUAUUUCAAGCAAUCCCAAAAUGUUAUCUGGUGAUAGACUGUGACCUUCCUUCCUCGCUGUUGGAGAUCACCUGUGAAUAUCUGUUUGCUAUGUGAUUGUGAGUGUGUAUUUGAGAGAAAGAUGCUCACAUUGGGGGAAAUAUAACAGUCUUGCAUGGCAGUAUUGUGGUACAUUGUAAAUAUGAGAAGUGAAGCGUGCAAUGAGAAAAUCCUCCUAACAAUAUAUCAUUUUAAAGAUGAUCAUUUUUGUUAUACUCAUCAUUGAUGACGUUGUUAAUUGUGUUGUACAGUAGUAACCGAGUGACGUUACUACCGUAGGAGAUUUAUGUGUUGUAGAUAUUUGGUUUGGAUGUUUGUUAGGAUGAAAAUGGCUCAUGUUCAUUUAAUACUUUCAUCUGAAAUGUGGCUAGUGAAAGGGCUUUGGUGGCUAUAUGUGUGCUUGUGUGGUAGCCAACUUUUCAUUACUGCGCAAUAAUUGCUAAUUUACGCAAUAACAUCUAUAUAUCUCUCUCUCUCUCUUUUUUAUAAAAAAAUUCACCCAGUUUCAAACAGCUAUGAUUUCUCCAAACAAUGCAAACAUACACAAUUUAUGGCAGAAACGGUUUUAAUGUGAAAUCUAAUAAGUGUGACUUUUAAUGCUUUUAUACUUGGAGACAUCUGAGCCAGUACAGACUUAUCCUCUGUAAACGGUUUUAAUGUUGGGCAUACAAGACAAAACUUGAUGAUUGAUCAGUAUUAUUUUCUUUUCCUAUUUGUAUUAUGUUUUUCCAGCUGGUCUAUGAGAUGAGAUGCAGUCGGCUUUUAUAUAAAUCAAUACUGUUUAAAGCAGUAUAGACCAACACAUUAAGCAAUACUCACUGAAAAUGCACAGGAAAUACUCUCAGAUAAUCAUGGUAUAUUUUUUCGGUUGACAAUAAGUUCAUAAUGCAUAUAAGAAUGGCCAUACUUUCUGUAUAAAUCAAGGGAUGUUAACCCUGAAUAACUAUUGUAAAAUGUUUGAUGCAAUGCUGAAAAAUCCCUUUUUUUUAUCCUUUGUGUUGUUGUAAAUGCAGUAGUCAUUUUCUUCAUCAUAAAAUAUGUGAUGUUCAGAUGUAUGUUGAAAACCUUAACUGGUUAUUACAAUGCAGAAGUAUUGCUGACUGUUAUUUCCAGAUGCUUGUAUGAUUACUGAGUUUAUUUCCAACAAACAUGAGCCAUCUUUAUCAAACUUGAGACUCAAAACAUUGGCACAAACUGUAAAGCAUUUUAUUUGAUUGUUUUAAGAAAUAGAGAUAUUUAAAUGUAAUAUUCAUGAUUUUUUUUUUACAUGUGCAUUACAUCAAUAUUUCUGUAGGGUUGGGUUUGUCCAUAUUUAAAAUCCACUCAUAAUCAGAUUAAGAACAUAACAUGAAAAUUUGCUGAUAAACUUCACUAAAGAUCACUGUGCUUAGUCAGGCUGGUAAUAGUUAUUGAAGUAUAUAUUUAUAUUGCACAUUUCCUUUGCUCAAAUUCGCUUUACAUGGCAACACACAACAUUAACACUUCCAUCACAUACAGUACAAAUCAUACAAAGUUUAUCCAAAGUACAAUGAAGAGAUACUUUAUACACCAUGGGGUGGUUUCCAAGACAGGGUUUAGAUUAAUCCAGGACUAGGCUUAGGUAUCUUAAGACAUUUAAGUAUUUUUACAAACAUAUCUUAAAAAUAACAAAACAUUACUGGUGUGCAUCUUGAGACCAAACAAUGGCACUGAUUUACGUCUUAUGUUGUGUUUUCAAUUAAGGCAGCUCAAAAAAGUCUUGGACCUAAACCCUUUCUUAGAAACAUGUAACUGCAGAUUCGUGUGUUUAUGUGGCAAUCCUCACAUGCAAACUCAAAAAUCUCAUGUGUGAUUCAUUCAUUUUACCACUAAACAUGACAUCAUAUAUAUUAAUGCGUCAGUCAUCUUCAGGCACUUGUUAGUAGGUAACCUCUGCCGGAUUUAAAUGCAAAUCAGUGAGGUAUGAUGAAGUGUUUUGUAGUAGCUUUGAAAUGUGCCUUCCACAUUUAAUAUGAACGUAAAAUAAUUUUUAUUUUAUUAUUAAUAUAAAUAACACACUGAGAAUAAGAGAAGACACAAAAAAACGACACUAAUAUGAUUUACAGUAUGACCUGCAGUAUCAAAAUCAACACGUUAAAUCAUUUGAAAGGGUUAUAUUCUUUACCAUCUUAUUUCAGAAGGAUGUCAUUUAUUUAUAAUUACAUACACAGCUUACAGUGACCACAACACCAGGGUAAAACUGGAAAAUGAUACACAAGAAACUUUAUUUCAUAUUUUUAUUUAAUAUCCAAAUGUCCCUGCAUUGUAAAAUUGACAAUAUUUCGUGAUUUUAUUGAAGCACCUAUAUACUAAUAAUGGAGAGUUUAUAUUUGAUGAUUUGAUUCUUGAUAUAAAUCAAUGCAGUUCCAUCUCAUUUCAUGAUUUGUAAACAUUAAACAUGGCCUCAUGUAUUAUACAGCAGUGUGAUUUGGUGACUGCUUCUUAGCUUUUGCUAUUAGUCAAUGCCAAAGUUAUUCAAAGCCUUGCAUGGGUUGGUGUUUAAUUUUUCCAAGGAAUGUUACAAUGCUGACACCCUGCUUUGUGUUUCUUACUGAGCCAGUUUUACUGCUGAGGAUUACUAUGAAUUACUGUUAUGAUAAAAAUCACAUAACCCCACUAUUUAAGAGACAUCUUUGAAAAUGUUACAAUAAUUCUGUUCAUUUAUUGUAUUAAAGAUAUAUGAAUAUUCAAUAAAGGUAUGUACAUUUCUGAAUAACAA